AUGACUCCACCAUCGGUAUCACCAGCUCCUUCCGCAGUCUCCUCCGCCGCCGCAUCCCAGAUUUCCAACGAUCACCGAGAUGGAGACCCUCAGGUAACACGUGCUUUCGCGGGCAUGAAUCUGUCCGCCGGGGACGCGGAUGUCCUCCCCAUGCCCCCUCCGCCGGCCAAAACUGCCAGACCGACCAUGGCAAAUCGCAUCUCCCGCAUGUUCUCCGCCACGGGCAAGUCGACACCGAAAGAACCGGAUUCUCAUCGAGAUUUCUCCGAUAGCAGCACCGAGAGCAUCAAACCGCCGACCAAUGGCAGCGGAAAGCAGUCGAAACCAACAUCCAGGCCGUCGUCGAGGGCUCCCUCUCGGCAGACCUCCACCAAGGAAGACGGCGAGAAGAAGCCAAAGCUGGGCGGCAACAAGGACCAUAAGGAGGCCGUCGUCGCACACAAACGCUUCGAGGGACUGCCCGACAACGCGCAUGCCCACCACCUCAAAAGCGCCCGACGACAGGAGAAAUUGACCGACCUGCUUCGGGACAUGAUCGGCGGCGGCAGGAAGAAGGACGACCACGUGGAUGACCAGCAACUAUCCCUCAUGUCGACCUGGAUCGAUCAGUUCAAAACCGAACGUGAUAAACUGGCCGCGGACAAGAAGGGCGGCCCCAACGCCACGGCCUCCUUGGUAGACAAAUAUGGCAAAUGCCAGGAGAUCGUGGGUCGGGGCGCGUUCGGUAUCGUGCGGAUAUCCCACAAGGUGGACCCCAGGGACUCCAAGAUGGAGCAACUAUAUGCCGUCAAGGAGUUCCGCCGCCGCCCUCAAGAAACCGCGAAGAAAUAUCAGAAGCGAUUGACCUCGGAGUUUUGCAUCUCGUCUUCCCUCCGCCAUCCGAACGUCAUUCAUACGCUGGACCUCCUUCAGGAUGCUAAGGGCGACUACUGCGAGGUCAUGGAGUACUGCGCCGGCGGUGAUCUCUACACCUUGGUCUUGGCUGCAGGAAAAUUGGAGGUCGCCGAAGCCGAUUGCUUUUUCAAACAAUUGAUGCGUGGCGUGGAAUACAUGCACGAGAUGGGCGUGGCUCACCGUGACUUGAAACCCGAAAAUCUCCUCCUCACCACGCACGGCGCCCUCAAGAUUACAGACUUCGGUAAUGGCGAGUGUUUCCGCAUGGCUUGGGAGAAAGAGGCGCACAUGACGGCGGGACUGUGCGGCUCGGCUCCUUAUAUUGCGCCGGAAGAAUAUGUGGAACGAGAAUUUGACCCGCGAGCAGUCGACUUGUGGGCGACCGGUGUCAUCUACAUGGCCAUGAGGACGGGGCGACAUCUUUGGAGAGUGGCUCGCAAGGAUGAAGAUGAAUUCUACCAACGCUACCUUGAGGGCCGGAAACACGAGGACGGCUAUGCACCGAUUGAGACCCUCCAUCGGGCUCGUUGUCGCAAUGUGAUCUACUCAAUUCUGGAUCCGAAUCCAUCUCGCCGCAUCAACGCCUCGCAGGUUCUCAAAUCCGAAUGGGUUCGCGAGAUUCACCUGUGCAAGGCUGGUGAAGAAGGGUUCUAA